UGUAAAACUUUUCCAGAAGAUGGCAAAGGCAUGGAUAAGCCAGCUGAAAUGUUUUAUUGAAAGCCAUCCAUAAUACUUAUAAAAUAAAGUUCAUCAGAUACAAGCUUAGAGAUUAUGAUUCAGGGAUUACCUUGGCUAAUCUUGAGCAUCCAGAUAUCGAGGAAGAGCAGUUACUAAGCGAUGAGAUCGCUGGUGAGGAGAGAGGGAUCGACUACAAAUCUGGACCUGGCUUCCUACACCUCCAGACUAUUGGCACGCAACUGGAAUUCGCAGUGGAUGAUAAAAAAAUGAAAGACUUUCUUAUGAUCGAAAAGUAUUACUUCAAAGAUAAGAUCCUGAAGGAUUACAUGUUAGAUUUCAAAUUCUGCACUCCUAAUACGGUCAACACAUGGGAGCAAAUCUACGAUCUGCCUGAUUAAACUGAUGAGGAGAAGGAAAUUAUUGAGAAUCCCUAUGAAAACAGAAAUAUGAGCAAUCUAAAAUCAUUUCAAACAAUUCAUACAUAAUAUCUAGAAUAUACAGUUCUUGUGUCAUAAGAUCAGAGAUAUGGACAAGGGUAUUACACUUGUGGAUGUACAGAUGAAACUCCUGUAGACCUAGCAGGGAAUGAAGAUCUUAUCUCUGGUGAGGACAGACUACUUCGGUACCAGUUUGGCACUGAUUAGCUGAAAAGUAUCGGCACCCUCCUAGAAUUCUCCAUUAG